AUCUGGCAAUCCUCAGCCCAUUAAGGAGAUCUCAUUGUACCAAAUAACCCUAACAAACGGAUCCCUAGUUUGGCGACACAAUCAUAUCACACAGAAUAUCAACCUAACAAAGCAGCUGUCCGAACAUGGAUGACUUCACCAAUUAUUUGUUUCCUUUACAGCAAGAUGAUCCGCUGCUUUUUCAGUACUCUCCAAUCCCAUCCAUUUCUUUCUACCAUAAAGACCCCACAAUCCAUCGUCAAGAUCUGGUAAAUCAGGGUGCAUCUUCACUUGUUUCACCUCAACUGAAUACUGGGGAGAACAGGAAUAGCACGGCCAGGAAAAGGCAGCAAAAGCCAUCACCAGCUGUUCAAGCUGAUAAUCAUGAUUGUGGGAAGAACCCUGAUGACAGGAAGCAGAAAAGAACCUUUCACAGAGAUAUGGAGCGUCAAAGGAGGCAAGAAAUGGCUAAUCUUUAUGCUUCUCUGAGAAAUCUACUGCCUCUUGAAUACACAAAGGGGAAGCGUUCGAUAACAGAUCAUGUUCAUGUGGCAGAGAACUAUAUAAAACAGGUCGAGAAGAAUAUUAGAAAAUUGGAAGUUAAGAGGGAUAAGCUGAGAAACUUAACAGGCGGUUCAAGCCAUGUGCACGUCAAAAAUGUAGAGGGAAAAAACUCUUUUUCUAUUAACUUUACUGUCAGGCCAUGCUCGGCUGGUGGAAUUGAGAUUUUAAUGAAGAAAUACGUGGCCGAUACCAAUUUAUUUCCACUUUCAAGGAUACUGGAUGUGCUGCUUGACGAAGGCCUUACUGUUGUUAGCUGUGUCUGCACCAGAGUCAAUGAAGAAUUUAUUUACACAAUCCAAACUGAGGCCAGUCAUAUGAGAGAUGUUGAUCCAUUGUCUUUGCAAGAAAAGCUGACUGAAAAAGUCAUGACCUGGAAAAAGUUCGAGCCCUAAAGCAAUGCAGGAAUUGGGCUCAUUUUGUUUGAGUCUCAUAAGUUCAAAAGGUUUUAACUGCCAAGAGAUUCAGGUUUCUGAAGAUUUUCGGUGUCCUGCUUAUUUUUAAUAGGUUCUCAUUUAGUAAAAUAAUAAAAACACAUGAUUAGGUGAGUUACAAAAUUGCUAAUGUGAAAUCCAGGUUCUUUUCUAAUUGAAAUUUAACACCUCUUCUUGGCCAUGAUUAA